CCCCUUCCCUUUUCAAUAAUUUAUCCACACAGAGUGUUACAGGUUCAGCACCAGAUGCUGAUAAAGCAAUAGGUUUGAAGAUUUGUGUCUUGGGUUUUUGAUACUGAGUUCUUUUAUCUGCGAAGAUUUUCUGGGUUUUGUGUUGGUCCACUGUGAGGUUUAUCCAUGGCGUACUUGGUGAAGGAAAUCUUGACAAAGCCUGUUCAACUAGCUGACCAAGUAAUCAAAGCUGCUGAUAAAGCCAGAGCUUUCAAACAAGACUGCGCUGAACUCAAAUCCAAGACUGAAAAGCUUGCCUCUUUACUCCGGCAAGCCGUUCGAGCCAGCUCCGACCUGUACGAGCGGCCUACACGCCGGAUCAUUGACGACACAGAGCAAGUCCUUGACAAGGCUCUGGCCCUCGUACAAAAAUGCGAACCUAACGACCUCAUGACCCGCGUUUUCACCAUACUCCCGGCAGCCGCGUUUCGUAAAAUGUCGUCUCAGUUGGAAAAUUCGAUCGGUGAUGUGUCGUGGCUUUUGCGUAUAUCGGCGUUGGCUGAUGAUUGUGAUGACGAGUAUUUGGGAUUGCCUCCUAUUGCUGCUAACGAGCCAAUUCUUUGUCUUGUAUGGGAACAGAUUGCGAUUCUCUAUACUGGGUCACCGGAUGAUAGAUCCGAUGCUGCGGCUUCGCUGGUUUCGCUGGCGAGAGACAACGAUCGUUACGGGAAGCUGAUUAUUGAAGAGGGAGGAAUUCCGCCUCUGCUGAAAUUGGUCAAAGAAGGGAAGAUGGAAGGCCAAGAGAACGCCGCAAGAGCGAUUGGUCUACUGGGUCGUGACCAGGAGAGCGUCGAAUCCAUGAUCCACGCAGGUGUCUGUAUUGUGUUUGCGAAAAUACUCAAAGAAGGUCCUAUGAAAGUUCAGGCUGUAGUGGCUUGGGCUGUUUCUGAGCUUGCGGCGAAUUAUCCCGCAUGCCAAGAUCUUUUUGCCCAGAAUAGUAUAAUUCGGUUGCUAGUUGCCCAUCUUGCAUUUGAGACAGCCGUAGACCAGCAUGUUCAGAGUACCAUUCCUAUCAAUAAAGCCACAUCAGUCCUUGCAGUUGUAAUGGCAAGAAAUCACUUGAACGCGAGCAAAGCAAUGGAUGAAUAUGAUAAUUAUGAUGACCAGAAGCAUAACCUGCCCCCUUAUCAACUGAAACUUUCUGGUACAGGUUUUAAAGAGGAAUUUGAAGACCCUAACACCAAGGCUAGAAUGAAAGCAAUGGCAGCUAAAGCACUAUCCCAGCUUGCCAAGGGCAACUCCUCUAUAUGCCGUAGCAUCAUAGAGUCAAGAGCAUUGAUGUGCUUCGUAGUUCUCUUGGAGAAAGGAUCAAAAGAUGUUAAAUGCCAUUCAGCCAUGGCUUUGAUGGAGGUCACAGCAGUGGCAAUGCAAGAUCCUGAUUUGAGAAGAUCCACAUUUAAACACAAUUCACCCGCUACAAAAGUUGUAGUUGAUCAAAUUGUGAAAAAUCUUGAAAGGGAAGAAGAUUCUGACAUAAUCAUCCCAUGCAUUAAGACAAUUGGGAAUUUAGCAAGGACAUUGCGAGAAACAGAGACCAGAAUGAUUGUUCCAUUGGUUAAACUUCUAGCCGAGAGUGAAGAUGAGGUUUCUAGGGAGGCUUCAAUUGCCCUCUCAAAGUUUGCCUGCACAGAAAACUAUCUCCACCUUGAUCAUUCCAAGGCAAUCAUACAAGCUGGAGGGGAAAAGAGCCUAAUCCGACUUGUCUAUUUCGGCGACCAAACAGUUCAACUCUCUGCAUUGUAUCUCCUAUGCUACAUUGCCGUGCACGUCCCAGACAGCGAGGAGCUUGCACAGGCUAAGGUGCUUACAGUGCUAGAAUGGGCAUCCAAGCAAUCGUUUAUGAAUCAAGAUGAAACAAUUGAAUCAUUGCUAGAAGACGCCAAAAGCAAAUUGGAGCGUUAUCAGUCCAGAGGUUCAAGGGGAUUCCAUUGAUUUCUAUCAAUAUUUAUAGUCUUUUAUAAUUUUUCUUGUUUAUUUUUUUCAGCAGUGUCAUUCUAAUGGAGUGUACAUACAGUUAGUUUUCUUCUUUUAUAUAAAUAUGCUUCAAUGCAUUUGAUCC